GAGAUCUCUUGGGUGGAUUGAGCUCAACGAUUGUCCAAAUAUUAUAAGUUUUGGGAUGAAGGAGGAGGUGCAUAAUGGACAACCCACAAAUUCAACCGCUUCUAAUUUUCAUUUAUUUCUUACAAACUCUGGCCUAUCAAAAUCAAAUUUCUUGGGGCCAUUUCAUUUCUUUCCCAAACUGGGCUAUUUAGAUCUAUUAGGCAGUGAUAUCGUAAGCAUUCCUUCAAGCAUCAAAACAUAUGUUAGAUUGUGGUAUGUUUCAUUGAAUGAUUGCAAGCAACUUCAAGAAAUCAAAGAGUUUCCACCGAAUCUAAAAGUCGUAAGUGCUAGUGGAUGCAUAUCACUGGAAAGUUUACCAGAAAUAUCAAAAGAAUUCAAUUUCCCACGGCUAGAAUGGAUUGGCUUGGCCAGAUGCUAUAAAGUGAAUAUGGAAAAUUGGAUGUCAAAUCCUGCAUGGAAUCAAGUUGAGAUGAUAUUUCCGGGAAAGAAGAUUCCAGAUUGGUUCAGCCAUUGCAAGGAGAUCACUUCAAAUAGUCAUCGGUGUGAAUUUGAUAUUAAAGUGGCCCCACCGUAUAAUUUGGAUGACAUCAUAGGAUUUGCUUUUUGUGCUGUUAUUGAGCCCGUUGCAACUAUUGAGUUGGAAGUUUACAUCAUGAGAGGAGAUACCUUCGCCAGUCGUUAUUGGAAUACACGUGCAGCAUUUGAUGAAAUUGAUUCAGAUCAUGUAUGGUUAAGAUACUUAACUACAGAAGAUAUUACGCACCUACGAGCUGUGAGUGUAGAUCAGGGAGAUGAUCAGGGGAUUAUAUGUGAAAGCACUCCAAAUUUAGUAGACAAUCUGAGGAUUAUAUUUGAAAGCAGUGAUCCAAAUUCAGUGAUCUUCAAACGUUGCGGAGUUCAUCUGUUAUACAAACAGCAUGAACAGAAUGCCAAAGAUCAUGCAGGUGUGCCCCAUCAUGAAAAUAUUGAUGUCCAUUUGAAUGCACCCAUUGAAGAUAUUGGAAAUUUAGCAAAUCCAAUGGGUGGAAGUCAGCUUUCUAAGAGGCGUCGUGUUGAUUAUGAUGACUACGAAGACGAUCACAACAUUGAAUCCAACUUGUACACACAACAAAGGAAGCCUGCUUCAACCUUGGAAAUCAAAAUUUAUCUGAGAGACAUCAACACUUGGUACAGGAAAUAUAAUCUUGACCCAUAAUGAUGGCAGAAAGAAGAGUUGUUUUCCAUCUAGAAGACGGACGGACGAAGGGGAACGAAGGCAAUGGUGAUGGCGUCGUGAUGAAGAGAAGUGGGGAUUCUGGGAGGGGGGGCUAGCUGGCAGGGCUUUCUUAACGUAGACAUCGAUUGUGGUUGACUUCAAAUUUGUUUCAAGUGUAUGGAGGAGCAGUUAUGUAAAGUAGUUAUUUUUAUUUUGUAUUUAACUUAAGCUUCAUAUGAAUGAAGUAUUUGGAGGCUCCUC